CUCCGCUCCUCCCCAUUCCUCUGGUUUCGGUGUCGGUGGUUCGGUGAUAUAUUGUUGUCUUUUCCUCUGAGAAUCGCAUUACCGGAGGAUUUCCCCGGUCACGGCGACCCUAGGGCGGAGAGAAAACGGAGCCUGUGCGUGUGGCGCGGGAGUGCUGCUACCCUCCUUGAACCCCUCUCCUCUCCCGCCUUAGCCGGGGCCACCGUCGCUGAGUGACCAGUUGACCACGACAUUGUGACGAAGAGCGCUACACCCCAUAAGCAACAUGGACUGGCUGUGACGACGCGCCUCGUGUGCAGGCAGCUAGGAUGAGUUCCAGCAGAGCCGGCCUCCACAGGGAACCACUGAAAUUCCACUCGCAUCAACAUGUCAAGCGGGCUUCUGGAAUGCAUUUAAAGCCAUAUCACAAGGUCCAGAAAAAAGAAUCUCUUCUAGAACCAAGAUCAAACAAAGGCAUGCAUCUGAACAACCAAAGCUCUGCAAAGGAAGAAAAGCGUAAUGUCGCCACCAAGAAUUGUUUACCCUGUACGGACAAUCCGCCCCGCAGGCCGCUGGGCACGCUGUCCCAGAACACCAUGUGCAAUACAGCAGGGAUGAGCUCCUCCAACAGCUUUGACGUCAAAGCAAAGAAUGUCCCACCUGCAACCAUCCAUCAGGGUGACGAAGGAGAGGGCACGUUGGAUAGCUGUGCACUCAUCAAGCCUGGAAACACGAAGGAGAAGAUUGCCUUUUUUGCCUCUCAUCACUGCAGCAACAAUAGGAACAGCUCAAUGAAGGUGAAAAACACUGGGGACAUGAGUGGAAGAGCUGCUAAAAGGCGAAAGAAAUCAGCGGAUCUUAAACGCAUGAAGAACCAUUUGGAGAAGGUGCAGGAAGCGCAGAAAAAGUGCCUCCUCGCCGAAUCUUUCCCAAGUAGAGUCGAAGACUGUUCAAUAAAUUUUGUCACUGAUGGUGAUGGGAUUCUUCCUGGAAGACCCCUUUCUGUGAUAGAGAUGGUAGCGUUUCUAGAGCAAAGAGCAAGUGCGUUACUUUCUGAUUGUGCUAAAACUUUUUCCAACUCCCAUCCUUCGAAACCUACUGGAACGUUGAAAUGUGCCCUUCAGCCCAUCUCCUUGAUUGCACUCGGAGCCAGUGAGAACCCCUCUGAGAGAGACAAUUCAGAGAAGGCCGAACUGGACUCCGUGUGCGUCUUGGAAAUGGUUGCUAAACUGGAGUCUGAAUGUCUGAGGCGCCAGAACGAUCGGGAAUCAGGAGGACUCUCGAGGAACAACAGCUUCAGGAGGAACGUUGGCCGGAUGCUGCUCGCCAGUGGCUCACAGCCAGGAGCUAGCCAUGCUCACGAUGAUGCAGCGGAUCCUGAAAAAGACUCUGCCGCUUCUGUGGUGGAUAAAAAUGGCUCUCAAAAUGAAGACCACUGUGCUCCACCUAAGCCUCAAGAUUCAGAGUCUUUGCCACCUAUGGAAGACUUUUUUGUGGCCAAUGUAGACCUUGAACUUGUAAGGGAGACCUAUCUGAAAAUGAGGUGUAGGGGUGACGUUGAGAUAACUGUGGAUCCUUGUAAAUUAUCGAUUUCUGUCUGUAUAAAAGCUGUUGAAUGUGAUUCGUUUGAGAGUCAGACGGUGAAUGAUGGUGCACCUGAUGAAAAGGUGGAGUGUUCAGACAGGAUCCCUGAUCCCUCUUGUAAGACUGAGGAUGUCUUAAUGCACGCACAGGACAAAGCUUUAUUAGUGGACCCUUCGCCAGGGGUCUUGUUCUUUAAAAAUGAUGAAACUGAUGCAAAGCAAGCACAUGUAAGGAUCAACCCUGAAACAAAGUCGCAGGCAGGCGCCCCAGAGAAACAUGCCUUUGACAGUACUCUGCGUAUGCAGAAGAGCUCAGUGAUUGCACAGUACGCCGUCUCCAUAUCCUCGCUCGGCAACGUAACUCAGGUACUCGACACGUCCUCCGUAAAGAGGCAGGUGUCUCACGAUUUUCUCGAGACCAGGUUUAAGAUCCAACAGCUCUUGGAGCCUCAGCAGUACAUGGCUUUCCUGCCCCAUCACAUCCUAGUGAAGAUAUUCAAGUAUCUCCCCACCCGAUCACUGGCCGCCCUAAAAUGCACUUCCUGCUAUUUCAAAUUCAUCAUCGAACAUUACGACAUUCGACCGUGCGACUCGCUGUGGGUGCGGGACCCUCGCUACAAAGACGACCCUUGCAAGCAGUGCAAGAAAAAGUUUGCGAGGGGCGACGUGUCCCUUUGCCUUUGGCACCCCAAACCGUACUGCCAAGCUUUACCUUACGGCCCGGGUUUUUGGAUGUGCUGCUACAUGUCUCAAAAAGAGAGCCGCGGCUGUAGGGUGGGGCUGCACGACAAUCGCUGGGUGCCGGCUUUUUACAGCUUUAACCGAACAGUCUGCAAGAAGUCUAAAGAGUCCGAGGUCGAAGACGACUGACCCCACCCGCAGGCAGGAAUUGUACUGGUCUCGUGGGUAAAGAUUUUCAUGCCCCAUGGCGUUUACAUUGUACAUAAUCAUGAGGGUUUUUUUUGCUUUUCAUGGGGUCGCGAAACUGCACAUUCUUUAACACAAGAGCCUUUACUUUUUCAUUUCUUCAAACUGGAUAUUUAGCCCUUUUAUGUAAAUAACUCCUGAUGAUAGAUGUACAUAUGAAAUCUAUUGCUAGCCGAUGCCACCUAAUCUUUACAAUGCAGCUAUGGAAGUGGUCGUGGCUCUAGGUAUGCGUAUGUACGGAUGGAUUUUUUUCGUGUGUGCGUGUCUGUCCCCCCCCCAUCAUUUUAAGUGUCUUGUUAAAUCUGUAUAUUCUGUACGACGUUUCUAAAAAAGAAACUCUAAAAUAUAUAGGGCUUGAAGCAUUUAAAGUGUUUAUCAUUGGAUUAACUGGAGAGAGAUGUACUGGGAAGCGGCACAAGUGUCUGAAAUACUGUGAUGUUGUAUAGGAGGAGGAUAUUGUCUGGCUUUACUUCAAUAAAAUUGUGCAUCCUCAAUCUUGCUGAAUACAU